AAAGGUUUCCAUUCGGUGGGGGUCGUUCUGCUGCAGCGAGUGUCGGUGAUACAUCUCCAGACCCUCCGAUCUUCUCAUGGUGGUGGCCGUCAAGGUUUUCAAGAAGAGCAGUCCUAAUGGUAAACUAACAGUCUACCUGGGGCGGCGCGAUUUCGUCGACCACCUGGAUCACACCGAUCCGGUGGACGGCGUCAUCGUUGUCGAAGAUGGAUACAUUAAGAACAGGAAGGUCUACGGAACGGUUGUCGUCACCUACCGCUAUGGACGCGAGGAGGACGAGGUCAUGGGCCUCAACUUCGCCAAGGAGAUGGUGCUCCUCAAGGACCAGAUAUACCCACAGGCCAACACUGGGGAGCUCACCGAACUGCAGGACCGCCUCCUGAAGAAGCUGGGGCCAAACGCCUUCCCGUUCAAGUUCCAGCUGCCAGGCCUAGCGCCAUGCUCAGUCACGCUGCUGCCGGGCGACCCAACAACGGGCAAGCCGCUGGGUGUGGGCUACGAGAUGAAGUGCUACGUGGCUGACACCGACGAAGAGAAGCCUCACAAGCGCUCCUCUGUGGCAAUGGUGGUGCGCAAGGUCCAGUACGCCCAGCAGGACCGUCAGGCCAAGCAGCCCAGCACGCUGGUCACAAAGGGCUUCACCCUCAGCUCCGGCAAGCUCAACCUGGAGGUGAACCUGGAUCGGGACGUCUUCUACCACCUCGACCAGGUGGAUGCCCACAUCAACAUCAACAACUCGUCCCGCAAGCAGGUGAAGAACAUCAAGGCGCAGAUCGUGCAGCACUGCGAGGUCACCAUGGUGAACAAGCACUUCACCCGCGUGGUGGCCGAGAUGGAGACACGCGAGGGCUGCCCCAUCACUCCCGGCGCCUCUCUCUCAAAGACGUUCCAUCUGACACCCAUGGCCAAGAACAGCAUGGACCGCGGCGUCGCCCUCGACGGGCAGCUGAAGGACGCCGACGUCAACCUGGCCUCUUCCACCCUGGUGGCCAGCGACAAGGGCAGCAGCGACGCGCUGGGCGUGGUCAUCUCGUACUCGAUGCGCGUGCGGCUCAACUGCGGCGCUCUGGGAGGCGAGCUCAUCGCCGACCUACCGUUCAAGCUGCUGCACCCGGCGCCGGGCUCAGAGCAGCAGCAACAGCAGCGCGCCAACCAGAAGUCGCAGGCUAUGGACAGCCAGCCCAAGGCGGCCAAGGGCGACGAUAUCGUGUUCGAAGAGUUCUCCAAGCUGCGCCGCGGCAAGAGCGUCGACGACCUGUAGGCCGUACCGCGACGCGCGCCGGAGGCACUCGGUGACCGCGCCCAUCGCAACCCCUGCACCCGAAUCCGGUCAAGGCAACCCACUGCCGCGACAA